UUAUUGUGCCACACCUCAAAUAAUAUUUGAAAAUUUGCAAAGAAUCGAUUUAUUAAAUAAUAAAAUUAUAAUAGUUAUUUUUUCCAUUAUUUAAUUUCAUAAUAAAGUAAAUUUUGUAUAAAUUGACUCGAUCUACAUUACUAUAGUUAAUCUUUCUAUUAUUACUAUCAUUUUGUUUUCAUUUAAAUGACUAUAUCGAUAGUUAAAACAAUACAUCUGUUAUCUCCUAUUAAUUUCUGCUUUACCAUUUUUUUCGAAGGACUUCUGAACAAAGUUGCGUGACAAUUUUAAUUAUGAGUCGAUACAUAAACGACCAAUUAAAAACAUAUUGUUUAAACAAUUAACAAAAACAGGUGCAAUUAAUAAACAAAAUUUAACAAUUCCUCUUUAAGUUUCAAUUCUUAAAUGUCUUAAGUAUCCAAUUUAUAACAAUGGAUUAUGCCGUCGAAGCAUCUAAGUACAUUAAAGAUUCUAUUGAACAUAAAGAUCUUGGAGAAUGUUUAUCAUCAACUGGGCGUUUUUCAUAUUGUGCUUUGUGUGCUACUUCUCUAAGUUACUUAUAUAGAGAUUCAAUCCAUAAUGAAUUUAAAUUAAAUUGCUUGAGAACUCUUUGCAAUCAUCUACGAUUAAUGCUUCAAUUAAGAACUAUGCGUGAAAUGGCUAAUUGUGAACUACCUUUAGAUGCAAAAGUUUAUGUGAGAGCUCUUAAAAAAGAAGAAGUACUUAAUAAAGACAUGCUGGUUAUUGUAAAGGAUCUUUUGCUUCUUGCUAUUUCAAAUGGAGUAUAUGAUGCUCGUUGGAGAGUUCUUAUAUUGUAUGUUACUCGAGUUUUUGAGCUGGAUUUAAGUGAUGUAGAUAUUAUUGAACUAUCAAUUGUCAAUAGUUUAUCUAAUUUUUCACCUGCUCAAACUGAGCAGGAGCAAGCUGAUGCAGCUAGACGUUUACGUGUAUCAAAAACCAAACGAUUUGCAAUGAUUGGAUUAGCCUCAGUUGGUGGAGGAAUUCUUAUAGGCUUAACUGGAGGUUUAGCAGCUCCUCUCAUUGGUUCAGGUCUUGCUAGUGUUUUAGGUGGCUCUAUCGCUGCUGCUAUUGGUACACUAGGUGGCUCAGCUAUUGUUGGAUCACUUUUUGGUGUAGCUGGAGCUAGUUUAACAGGCUAUAAAAUGCAUAAGAGAGUCGGUGACAUAGAAGAAUUUGAAUUUCAUAAAUUAACUACAGAUACAAACUCUGGUGAUGUCCAUUUACAUAUUACUAUUGCUAUAUCUGGCUGGUUAAAUGAUGAAAAAGAAAAAAGUUAUAUUGGUCCAUGGGAAUACCUUCGGGAUAGUCCAGAACAAUAUUAUCUUCGUUAUGAAUCAUCAUAUCUUUUAGAGCUUGGAAGAUCUAUGGAAUAUUUCUUAAGUUUUGCAGUUACUGUAGCAGUUCAGGAGUCACUAAAGUUUACUGUAUUAUCUGGUUUGAUGGCAGCUAUAGCUUGGCCAGCUGGUAUUCUGGGUCUAUCUUCUGUUAUUGAUAAUCCCUGGGGUGUUUGUUGUCGUCGUUCUGCUCAAGUUGGAAAACAACUGGCUGAAACAUUAUUAACACGCAGUCAUGGUAAUCGUCCAGUGACAUUAAUUGGAUACAGUCUUGGAGCUCGUGUAAUCUUUUAUUGUUUACGGGAAAUGUCUCAGAGAGAAAAUAGUCAUGGUAUUAUUCAAGAUGCUAUUUUAAUUGGUGCUCCAUGUACAAGGCAUACAGUAGAUUGGAACAAAAUCACUCAAGUUGUAGCAGGUAGAGUUGUGAAUGCCUACUGUAGGAGCGAUUGGUUAUUAAAGUUCCUAUAUAGAACAUUAUCUAUGCACACAAAUGGUGUAGCUGGUCUUCAGAAUAUAGAAUUAGAAAAUAUAGAAAAUAUAGAUUUAACUGAUAUUGUUUCAGGUCACUUUGAUUAUCCACAAAAAAUGACUGAAAUAUUGAUGCAUAUUGGAGUAAAUGUAGAUGAAACAGCUAAAAGUAUAUUAAGAACCUCAAAAUCUAUGCCUGACUCUAUGUAUAAUGUUCAGGAAGUUAAUGAUGUCAGCAGUAAAAGUCUACAUAAAUCAAAAUCUGUAGUUGAACUUGUGCAUAAUAAUAAGAACAAUUCAUAAAAAAUUGUUUUUGUUUGCUUGGAUUUUAAUACUAUAUUAUAAGUAGAAGACUAUUAUAUAUUCAUUAUUAAAUAUAAUUAGGCAGUUUUAAACAAAUACAAAACAUGAAUAUCACAAAAGUUUGUUUAAACAAUUAAUCAGCUAAGGAUGAUACUGUAAGUUUGCAAACAUUUAUGAAGUACAAAUUUUAUAAAUAUUUUUUUAAUGUAAAAUAUAAAUACAAAAAAAUAAAAUUGUAAAAUAUUUUUGUAGAACUAAUUGAGCUUUGUAUCAUAGUUCAGUAAAUAUUUCAAUGUUUAAUGAUAUAUUAAUGUACAUCAAAUUAAGGUGAUCUUUAAUUUAUUAUAAGCAUAUAUGUUCAAUGAAUAUGGGUGACCCACCGUGAUUUACUAAUUUCAAUAUUAGUUUAUACAGUCAAAUUAGUAAAUCACUGUGGAAUAUCCUGUAUAUAUGUUAACAAUUAAAAAAUUAUUAUAUAAAUAUUAUUUAUACAAAUGUUAUUAGUUAAUACAUAUUUAUUUCAAUACAUGGGUCCUUUACUUUUGUAAAACUAUUUUAAAACAUGCUAUGUUGUGUACUUAUUAUUAAAUUAAUAAGAAUAAGUUGGCAGUCAUUUUUUUUUUCAUAAAAUAAAUAAAAUUAUCUAAACAAUUAAUGUAUUAAAAUUGCAGGAAUUUUAUUAAAUAAUUAGUUUAUCAUUCCAGAGUCGUAUUUAGCUUUAGUUUUGCCCAGGCAGUACUUUCAGAU